GUCAACAUGAACGUUGUAAGGCGUUGGUUAAGCAGAGUAAGUAAUACCAACGAGUAUAAGGCUUAGAAAGGAAUAUGAAUAUUGGCUGCUGUUAAUAAAUACAUCUAGGCACAUUCAUUUGAAAUUAUUGAAACCAGUUUUCAUUUCUAUUGCUGCAUCUGAAAGUGGACAACCUGUACAGAAAAGAAGAUAGUAUGUUGAACACAUCACAUGUGUUGCAAAUUUGUUGAAUUUAUCUUCUAACAUUUCAGUCCAUAGUUUCCAAAAGAUUCUAAGUCAGUGGACUUAUCAUUACAAUGAUUGGCCGAGUCAAGUGGAACCACCAUGAAUAAGUACAUGAACGCGAGGGUGUGGAGCGAUUGCUGUUAUACAAAAGACUAACCUUACACGCUUCAAUCAUUCAAUUUUGUUAUCACAGAGGAAGAAUAUUCAUUUAGGAUAGCCCAGUUUAAACUGAAAUAGAACGGAUAUCUGUUUCAGUUUGAACCGGUAGCGAUUACACUUCAAUCUUUAUCUCUAUGUAACCAUUCGAAUAUUUUUAGGCUACUUGUUCUACAUUGACUGUGUUGAUUCCCCAGGCAUAGAACUAGGUUAAUUCUGCUGUCUGCAUUUGUGAUUUGCUUUAUUGGAGUAAAGGUAUGUUGGCGUUGUUACAUCCGGGUAACCCUGACUUCUGCCAUUACAUACAAUUUUUUUUUUUCCUACCAAAGCUAGGGUGAAUAAUAUCCCAACAUCAACUAAAGCCCAAACCAGCAGAAAAAUCUGAAGCAAAGAGAAUAUUCAAAACUACAGAAUAGCAGCAAAUUAAAAUAUAGACAUAAACAACCAUACCGUUGUGUCUUUCAUCCAUAUAAUUGCAAUUUAUUAAUAUUAAAAGUAUAUCUAUACCCAAAAGCAAAGUUAAAUUUAUGUCAGACAAAUAUAGACCUCCUCCAAAGGGACCUAGAUCCUCACGAGACUAUCAACGUCCUGCGCCAAAUACUUAUAGGUCAAACACCUAUCAGCACAAGGAACGUGAUAGCUACAAACCUACAGGACCAAGAAGAUACGCAGAACGAGAUAAUUAUCGUCGUGAUACUUAUAUACCAACCAGCAACAAUGGUCGUGAUCCAUCAGGGCAACAAUCGACCAGUGCCUCUUCAAAUCAUUCAACCAAUACAACUACUUCCUUAGAUCGAGACGUACCGACUAUAGGAAGCAAGAGAAGUUUACCAUCAGGACCUUCAAGUUAUAAAAAGAGACGUGAAUAUAACGACAAUUUUAAAUCCCAGUCACCACCGCCACCACCUCCACCACCAUCAUCAUCAUCAUCAGCCAGACCUACUAUUCCCAAGGGUCCUAAAAGAGCUGGCAAUGUUCGUGAAUGGGAGCAUGAACGUGAACGUGAUAGACCACGUCUACCAACUGGUCCUAAACGAGAAUUAAAAUUGAUUAGAUCACAAAUAUAUUCCAUAAAAACCAAAGGACCAAGUGUCUAUCAAAGAGUUUCACAAGUGGGUGAAGGGACAUAUGGUAAAGUGUACAAGGCAAAACACAUUGCUUAUGAUGAGUAUGUAGCGAUGAAACGAUUAAGGUUGGAAACAGAGAGAGAAGGAUUCCCAAUUACUGCCAUCAGAGAAAUUAAAUUAUUAUCAUCAUUUGAUCAUGAGAAUGUUGUGGGUUUAUUAGAAAUGAUGGUUGAGCAUAAUCAAACUUACAUGAUUUUCGAUUACAUGGACCAUGAUUUAACUGGGUUAUUGACCCAUCCUGAUUUAAAAUUGGAAGAGUGUCAUCGGAAGUUCUUAUUUAAACAAUUAAUGGAAGGAUUGAAUUAUUUGCACAAGAAACGAAUCAUCCAUCGUGAUAUCAAAGGAUCUAAUAUUCUUGUGGAUAAUAUAGGAAGAUUAAAAAUUGCUGAUUUUGGGUUGGCUAGAACUAUGAAAAUUGUCAAUGAUGGCGAAAGUCCUGAUUAUACCAAUAGAGUGAUUACUAUUUGGUAUAGACCUCCUGAAUUAUUAUUAGGAACAACGGAUUAUGGACGAGAAGUUGAUAUUUGGGGAGUGGGAUGUUUAUUAAUUGAAUUAUAUGCCAAGAUUGCUGCUUUCCAAGGUUUCGAUGAAGUUAGUCAAUUGUGUAAAAUUUUCAAUGUUAUGGGUACACCAACCUUAGAAGAUUGGCCUGAUAUUGAACAUUUGCCAUGGUUUGAGAUGUUAAAGCCUAAAGUGAAUGUGGCUAGUAAAUUUGCUGAUAAAUAUCAGCACAUAAUGUCUGAUGAUGCGUUUGAAUUGGCUAAAAGAUUAUUAGCGUUGAACCCAAGACAUAGACCCACAGCUGAAGAAGCUUUACAAGAUAAAUACUUUACCGAUGAUCCACAACCGGAACCAUUGACGUUUUUGAAGGAGAUUAAGGGUGAAUGGCAUGAGUUUGAAACAAAACAGAGAAGAAGACAGGAGAGGAAAAGGUUGCAAGAAGAAGAGGAGGCAGCUAAAAAGGCAGCCAAGAGUUUAAAGAUUACCAGCAGUAUACCAGGAGAUACAUACAGUGAUAAAACCGAUAAAGUCUCUCCUCUGGUUGCAACUAGCGUUCAAUCUAAUUAGGUAUGUAGCAAUUCUCGAACUAUAAAUAUUUAAUGCAUGAAAUUUGGCUAGAU